AUGGCGAAUACGAGAAGUCGACGAAGCGCGAAUGCCGCCGAUAAUCUCAAUCCGGCAAUGAUUUAUUUAUUGGAUACAAUACGAUUAAAAGGGGAAUUGCAAUUGAGGGGUUUGAAAACGACGGGGAAUAAAGGCAUUUUAGCCGAUCGCUUGCAGGAUGCAGUUUCUCAAGAGCGUUCUUUGCCUUUGGGCAGCAAAGUUCUUGGCGAUAUGGAGGAAAAACAGCGCUUAAAAAGAUUUGCCGAGAAAAAGAAUGCCAAAAGUGAUUCGCCUUUUUGUACUAACAAAGUUGAAUUUGAAGAUGAUCUAAAUGAACAAGAUGAGCAAGCAAGAACCAAUUUCCCAAAUGAAUCUGCUGCGGAAGAUGUGAAAGAUAUCGCAGAAGCUCGUAUGGGUGAAGAAAAAAAGUUUUUCGACAAUAAUAAACUACCAAAAAGCACCAAUAUGAAUUCAAAAGAACCAAAAAAGGUUGAUGAAAAAGAAAAAGAAUCUACGAAGUCGAAACAAGCAGUUAAUGAAAAAAUUAGCGAGAAAAAAGAAUGUGUAAACGUCCGCAAAAAACUUCCGCUACGACUACAAUCUCCCGUUGAUGUAUUGGAUUCGAUUUUUGAUCAACAAGCAGAACUUUUGUCGAACAAAUUUAAAUCAGAACAACAAAAAGCUACUGAGCGACAAAACUUGGAAAUGAUGAAACGUCGGCAAAGUGUGGCACCUUUCUCGCAAAUGUCUGCUUCGAUUGAAAGGCGUAGGCAAACAAAUGAAUGUUCGAAAGCUAAUGUGGACAUUCAUUCAUCACCAGUUGAUCAGUCAUUGAAUGUUGAAAAUGUGCUAGGUAGAAGAGAUUUGCUGAUGGAGCUUCCAGCUCCUCCACCAUUUCCAGUAUUGGAAGAAGCAGUUGAAUCCUCAUUAGCAAGUACUGAAUUCAAUAAUAAAAAAGGUGAAAAACUUAACGAAGAUAUUAGGGAAAAAAUCAUCGAGAAUUUUGUCGAAAAUCACGUGAAAGCAAGCUUAUUAGCAGUGGAAUCUUCCUCGCUAAGUCCAGACUUUAAAUUUUCUACCAUUGAUUCACCAUCUGCAUCCACUGCUCCAACCUUUGUUGUGCAAGCUAUUUCAAGUCGAUUGAAAGAAACUGAAUUUCAUAAUAUGAUGAAAAAUAAUUCAUCAGAUUGUAUUAGAAAAAUUAUAUCAGCAACAGAUGAAGAAAAAGUUAUGUUACAAAAGGGAUUUGUGAAGGAUAUUCCCUUAUCGAUAAAUUCAGCUACAUAUAUAAAUAUUGAAACCUUAAACUGUACUAAAAUUGCCGAAAAUCAAACAACUUAUGGUGAUAAUAAUGAAUUUUUUAUCGAAGAAGUAGCUUAUACUAACCCACCUGCUGAAAUGCUUAUUAAAACCUUGCUUGAUGAAUUGGUAGAAGCGGUUUGUAACGUUCAUUUAGGCGACAUUCACCUUUUUUCUACUUGA